CUGACGAGCUCGCUAUUUCAGCUGGAUGAUGAUAUCUUCCUCAAGUCGAGCUGUUAUAGCCUCCUUUGCGCUCCUAUCCAGACGUCUGAUCUAGCGCUGUCUUGUGUCGGUGCUGGCGCUACAGUCUGAAAGGUUUAGAACUCCCGAACCACCUCGCCCUUUGAAGUCGGCUCCUCCGUGGUUCAGGCCGGAGGAAGAAGCUCGACUAGCUAGCUGUCUGGGAGCAUCUACUUCUUCGACGCGACAUGGGACAGGCGCGCGUAUAUAAGGCCAGUUAUCGGGCACCACAGGACUCCAUCUUCGCCAUGACGGAGCGCCUUUACAACCCUCAAGGGCUGGUCGCGCUAUGCGAAGCCCUCAUGCUCCUGCCAAUCUUCCUCGUUAUUGCGACACGACCACCAGCUAUGAUUCGACUUCUCAUUCUCGCCGCGCAACUGCUUUUAGCGAACUGGGUGAACAGGAACGUGGCUAUGGAGGACAUCUUCAGCACGUACUCGAUGGGCACCUUGCUGUGCGCGUGGAUGCCGCUGACCGCCAUUCACUUCUACUUCAUCACUGACCCACUGACGGAUGGGACUCGGCAUCUGAGCGAUAAGCAGAAGGCGAAGAAUAUGCCUCUGCUACAGCGCGUAUGGUGGGCAGCAUGCCUCGUUGCGUCCUUCCGUGGUGUAGGGUGGAACAAGCAGUUGCCCCAUCUCCGACAGGUCACCAGAGGCCAAUCGCGAGGCUCCUAUGUCGUCGAACACUCCCUCUGGCUUAUCGUCUACUGCCUCAUCUCGGAUCUUGUCACCUUGUAUGAGAGAAACUACCCUUAUGGCACAACCCCGGAGAGCGUCUUAUUCCAGGCGCUCAACUGCUACGCGUGCUGGACCAAGCUGUGGGUCAACUUCGCCAUCCAGUACGAGGCGCUCGCCGUCCUUUGUGUAGCUUCUGGGUUCUGGGCGCCGCAGCUCUGGCCACCGAUGUUCGGCAGUUUCUGGGACGCAUACACAGUGAGGCGUACAUGGGGUCGCGUGUGGCAUGGGAUUUUGCGGAGGUUUGUCCGCUCGUAUGGCAAGUGGCUCGCUCGAGCUGUCGGCGCCACCCCGGGUACGAAGGCUUCAUCGUACAUCCAGCUCUACGCAGGCUUCAUCGUUUCGGGCCUACUGCACGAAAUCGGCGACCGCCAGCUCGAUCGCAGUCCGGGGAGGUCCAUGAGAUUCUUCGUUCUUCAGGCUCUGUGGAUCACUUUCGAGGACGGGAUCAUUGGGCUGGGAGAGCGGCUGGGAAUCCAAGAGAGUAGAGCGACGCGAGCGCAUGGAAGACUGUCUACAUUCAUCUGGUUCGCGGCGACGACUCCGCCCGAGUUGAUAGAGGUGAUGCUCAAUGGUGGAAAGCCUGCGCCAUCGACUUAUUUGGGAGUGGUAUGGAGAGUAUUGGGGUUGCAGGGGAAGUUGCAGGUUCCCUGGUCACAUUAGUAUACAAAGAGCCAUGUUGUAUC